UUGAUUUUCGUGCCGAGAUAAGUGCUUCCUAAAUCGUGUUUUGGAAAAGUUAAAGAAAUAUGUCGGAAAUUGAGAUUUACAAUGAUUCUAUUCAGUUCGUGUGUGAUCUGUGCUCGCUGCGGUACUCUACGUUCGAGAUCCUAAUGACUCACAACCGGAUUAAACACUACCAUUCGAUUCGGUUCCGGUGCGGAUUUUGCAACGAGACCUUCAUGAACGAGGACGAUCUUCACUGCCACUUCAUCCUCACGCAUCGUGUCGAUCCGUACAAUCUGGAGAGCAGUCAGAUGGUUCAUCAUCGCAGGUCCAUCCACCAGACGGUGCUGAGCGAGGACGAAAAACAACGCAUCAUGACGAGGUGCGACUGUUCCGACGGGGAGAGUGUGGAUCACGAAGGGCUCAUGGUUGACCAGGAGUUGGAUGAUUUAGAUGAGUACGAUCAACUCGAACUGGACUACAAUGAAUUGUUCAAACAGCGGAAACAAAGUGCGAUGACUCAGGAGGAGAUCUUGGAAUUGACGGAUGUUUUCAAGAAACCCGCCGAAGCUAUGUGUAUUUCGAAAAUGCACUUUUAAAUUGACUGAUCGUGUUAUUGCGUGGAGGGCACGUGAAAUUUGAAACGUCGACGCGGACUUGGAGGUGCUAAUUUUUGGGCUGGUUCCAAUGCGCACCAAGUUUAACAACGGCUUUACUUUAUAGAAUGUAUGUGUAUAUAUAAUUAUUGUUAAGGCUGACGUCGACUGUUUGCGGCUGGGUGCUAAUCUGUGCGAUAAAUGGAGACUUUCAUAUUGUAAGAUAAGUGUAGCUAGCCAAUAAUAUAUACUUAUAGAUAUAUUUUCAAUGCACCGUUUUUUUACUCUAACAUCAAUUCACUGAGCAAAGAAUCAUUCUUAAUUAUGAGUGGACUAUUCUCUUCAAACCUUGCUAAUUUAUAGAAUCAAUCCAGUUGAAUAAAAACAUAUCGCAAUAUUUUCACGCAGCAAAUGCUUACCAAUUAUCAAAUAGAUAGUGGAUAAACAUCGAACAGAAUUUAUGUUCAUUAGUUUUAAAGUGCACUUGUAAAUAAAAUUAGAAAUAUUGUAAAUAUUCGCAAACAUUACAGUAAAUAUCACGGGGGAGGUGUGCUUAUCGCUGAUGUAUUAGAUAAUCUCUUCCAUAGUAAAGAAAAUCGAGUCGUACUAAAGCUUGUUUUUGCAUAAAUACAGAAAGGAAAUAAUGAGACCACAUUGUAAAUAAUAAACAGAUACACUGAAUCUGCGUAAUUAUUCAGAUAGGAUGCAUAUUUGACAAUACUGUGAUCGGGUGAAAAGCUGAAUAUUUUCUGCUUUGUUGUAAAUGUAUUUCUACACUCAUUCGUCAAUAUCAAAACAGCUCCCACUAGUAUACAUUUUCUUUAUGGUAAGAUCUAUGGCGAGAAUCUAAACUGUCCCAACAAAGUUUGCGAUAAAGAUUUGUGUUUUAAUCGUUACAAGAUAUUGACA